GUUCUUUUGAGCACAGUGCAGUGCUAUGUGCAUUCAGCUGCUGAAUGAUUCGGCAUUGCUUGCGACCGUACAUCAAGCUUCAUGUUGGGAAGCUACGGAUUGCACUUUGCACCAGGAUGUGCAGCAGCAUCGAAGACCCUUACAAGAUCUUAGGAGUCCAUCCAGGUUCUUCCGCGGAGGAGGUAAGAGCUGCUUAUCUCAAAGCUGCAGUCCAGACGCAUCCAGAUUCAACUGGAAGCAGAGAGGCCCACAAUGCUGACGAAGCCUUCCGCAGAGUCUCAGAAGCUUACCAGCGCUUGCGAUCGCGCAACAAAGGAAAGCGUCCGAAGACCCGCAUGUCUGGCAGUCAAAAUGGGCGGCCACCAUUCAGCUCUAUAAAUGAUGAGCAAGCAGAGAAGCUCUUUCAAGCUGCCUUCAGCGGAAGGGGUGUUGAUGAAAUGCUUGAUGUGGAGCUGGCUCGGUUCAACAUCAAGCCAGGAGUGCAUGCCGCAGCUGUCAAGGAAGGCAUCUAUGCGCGGCUCCUUCGUGCAGCGCAAGCAGCAUCACAAUUAGCGCCAGCGCAGGGUGGUCAGGCUGAAAGAUAUCCCAUGGCAACAUGCCACGAUCAUUGGCCUCGCCUAGAAGUUCAGAGGGAGACCCUGCUGGGUGAUGAUGGAAUGCGGCGACUCCGCAUCCGGACGAUCACGAGAUGGCCAAAUGGCCGCAAGGAGGAACACACCGUGGAAAAGCCUGUGUACAGACUCUAGUGAGACAGGGCAUUCCUUGUCCUGGUGGUCACUGCAAAGCAGGUUGACAUCAAGGGACUAUGCCUUUAUCCGAGAUUGCACGCAUCAAGAGAUGGGAUGGAUGACCCAUCAUUUUCCAAUGUCAUUGGUCGGCCACACUUGGGUUGCAUGAUGUUGCAUGUCAUAUUCUGAAUUUGGUCACG